AUGAAGCUAUUUGCCCUUUCCGCAGCUAUCACGGUUUUGUUGGCCGUAUCUGAUGCAGCCAUAACAAGGAUCCCCGUUAAAAAGACGAGAGAGACGCCUGCACAAAAGCUUGAGCGAUAUUCACACACCAGUGAAUACUUGGCCCAAAAGUACUUUGGUUCUUAUGAUACCAAUCAACAGCAGCAGACCACAUUCCAAACCGAUGCCUAUGGGCAAGUUCAGCAUGGUGUACCCAUUUCCAAUUAUAUGAAUGCUCAAUAUUAUGGUGAGAUUGGUCUUGGGACUCCAUCACAGACAUUCAAGGUCGUCUUUGACACGGGCUCAUCCAACCUUUGGGUACCAUCAACUCAUUGCACAUCGAUCGCCUGCUUUUUGCAUCAACGGUACAACUCUGGUCAAUCGAGUACCUUUAAAGAGAAUGGAACUGAAUUUGCAAUCCAAUACGGCACUGGGUCAUUGGAAGGUAUCAUCAGUGAGGAUACACUUGAAGUAGGUGGCAUCUCGGUAACCGGACAAGGCUUUGCCGAGUCCACAAAGGAGCCUGGUUUCACAUUUGCACUAGCUCGCUUUGAUGGCAUCUUUGGUUUGGGCUAUGAUCGUAUCUCUGUAAAGGGUGUUGUACCUCCUUUUUACCACAUGGUGAAUCGUGACCUUAUUGAUGAGCCAAUCUUUUCGUUUUGGCUCAACGGCGAUCCUGAGAAUGAAGCAAAUGGCGGUGAACUUGUCUUUGGUGGUGUAGAUGAAUCCCAUUUCGAAGGUGAUAUUGCAUGGUCGCCUGUACGUCGCCAGGGUUAUUGGGAGAUUGAGCUUGAAGAUAUCAAAUUUGGUGGCAAAUCGGUGGAUCUAGACCCCGUGGGUGCAGCCAUUGAUACGGGAUCAUCAUUGUUGGUCGCACCUACUACCAUUGCUGAUUUGAUUAACCAAGAGCUUGGUGCUGAAAAGAAUUGGGCUGGCCAAUACGUCAUUGAUUGCAACAAGAUCCCUGAUUUGCCAGAGUUUUGCUUUGUAUUCAGUGGCAAGGAUUUCUGCUUAUCAGGCGAAGAUUAUGUGCUCAAUGUUCAAAACCAGUGUAUUUCUGGAUUCAUGGGCAUGGACAUUCCUGAGCCUGCUGGACCACUUUGGAUCGUGGGCGACGUGUUCCUUCGCAAAUAUUAUAGCGUUUACGACCUUGGCAACGACCGAGUUGGCCUUGCAAAGUCGGUUGCAUAA